AUGUCCGUUACGGUUGUUCCAAAAAAUAAUUUAGAACAACAACUUAAAUGGCUGACGGAAAACAGACCAAAGCGUCGUGUGCCCUGUUCUCCGUUAGACUUACAACAGAACACGAAAUGUUCACGUGUUUAUUCAAACAAAGAAAAUAUCGACAUAAAUAACUCGCUUACCGGGACUUCCGAACAAAACGCAAUCAUUUUGGAUGAUGAUAGUACGAUCUUAAAUACUGAUUUUACUAUAAGUACUAAAACUUAUGAAGAAUGGAUAAAUGAUUUUGAGCCGUUUACCGAAGAAGAAUUAAAAAGUGAUUUAGAGGCACUAGGCCUUAAAGAUAUUAUUAAAAAUGUCAGUGACAAAAAUAAUGUUGAUGCAAAUGCUCAAACGUACGAAACAUACGAUGAUUUGAUUAAAGAUUUCGAACCAUUUACCGAAGAAGAAUUAAAAAGUGAUCUAGAAAAUUUCGGGCUUAUUAUUUCACCGAGCACGUCAUAUGUAAAGCAUAAUACCGAAGUUCCAACGUUUAAGCUUGAUCUUAAUUUCUCUAAAUUAGAGUGCAUUGACAUAACGCAUGACUUGUGGCCAGAAAACCACCAGGAUCUCGUAAAUAUGGGCUAUGAGGAGUUGAAACAAUGUUUGUCUACAGCUCAGUUUAUUAAAUGUAAAAUUGGUGAUGAAUUGUGUGAUUUGAUUGAAAAUAGUACAGGUGAUGAUUAUCGAACAACCCUAUUACGUAAAAAAAGAGUUUAUUCGGUCUCUUCUGACAGAUUAAUAUCUGGUAAUAAUAAUAUUGUUGAUUCUUCACAAGAAAACGCCGAUAUUUUUAAGGUAUUGCGUGGUAACUUUAAAUUAGAAACGUUUCGACAAAAUCAAUUAGAGGCUAUUAGUGCGACAUUGCAGAGAAAAGAUGCUUUUGUAUUGAUGCCUACCGGAGGCGGAAAAAGUUUAUGUUAUCAACUACCAGCUGUAUUGGAUAACAUUAGAACUAACAAAGUCACUAUUGUAAUUUCUCCAUUAUUGUCGCUUAUUCAAGACCAAAUCCAGCGAUUAAAUCAACUUAAAAUUCAUGCAUUGGAACUACAAGGUGAUCAUGAUAUAAACCGUCGAAAUUUGGUGUUUCAUGAAUUAGAAAAAUCAGCACCAACACUUGUGCUACUUUAUUUGACACCAGAGAUGCUAAAUAGAAGCAAUCGUGUCAUGGAUUUAAUCCAAUCUCUUCAUCGUCGCGGGCGAUUAGCACGAUUUGUGAUCGAUGAAGCUCAUUGUGUAAGUCAGUGGGGUCAUGAUUUUCGACCAGACUACAAAGAUCUUGGACAAUUGAAGGUGAAAUUUCCUAAUAUUCCAAUGAUAGCACUCACAGCAACAGCAACUGCUCGAGUUAAAGAAGAUACAGGGAUUAUUUAUUGUACUUCAAAAGCUUCAUGUGAAGAUGUUGCUCAAAUGCUUUGUAAGAAAGGACUAAAUGCUGCAUAUUAUCAUGCCGGGUUGGAUAAACGUGAUCGACAAAGAAUUCAAGAAGAUUGGCAUUCCAACAAAGUUCGAAUAAUCGUAGCAACCACAGCAUUUGGGAUGGGAAUUGACAAACCAAAUGUUCGUUACGUAAUUCAUUAUUCACUUCCACAAUCGUUAGAAGGAUACUAUCAGGAGACGGGACGUGCAGGCAGAGAUGGAAAAAAAUCAAAUUUACGGAGAAUGUUAAAAUAUUGCGAGAAUAAAUAUGACUGCCGUCGGCAACAAAUUUUGGCAUAUUUUGGUGAACUAUUUAACUCAAACCAAUGUCGUAAAACCUGUGAUAAUUGUGAAAUGGCAGCCACGGCACGAAUAAUCGAAUUCGAUGCUACAGACGUAGCAAAGGAAUUCUUAUUAGAACAAAAUCAACCAAACAAUCAAGGAUAUAUCACCUCUUAUAUAAAGGCUAAUGAUUUGUUAAGGGGUAAGGAAACUAUAACAUUGAAGAUGAUAGCCUGA